UGCGGCGGAGGCCCGAGCUCCUUCCCUGGACCGCUGCGCGUGGAUUCGCGUUCUCCUCCCUGGCCGGGCUCUUGCGGUCAAGGUUUUUCCUUUUUGUUAACUCAAAUACUGCUAGUCAAGGCAAACCAAAAUAAGGUGGCACAAUAGAAGCUAUCUUAAUUGAAGAAAUACAAUCAAUGAUUAUAUUUCACAUUGGAAGUAGAACCUGGAGACAAAUUUUUCUUACUUUAAGUAGUUGUAAUGGCAGAAAAAAGACAGCCUUAUAAUGUAGAGGAAGCAAUGGAACAACUGAUAGGACCCGGUGGACAAAAAUGGGCCAAUAUGGAUCCAGAAGAACGAAUGUUAGCUGCUGCUACAGCUUUUACACAUAUCUGUGCAGGGCAGGGCGAAGGAGAUAUUAGGAGAGAAGCCAAGGCUAGCCAGUAUGAUCCCUACAGUAAAGCCUCCGUGACACCAGGAAAGAGACCUGCUCUUCCUGUGCAGCUGCACUACCCACCUAUAAGAAGCCGUGUCACUUCAUCAACUGUUUCAGAGGCUUCCCAAAAAUGCAGAAAGCCAGUGAUGAAGAGAAAGGUUCUGCGCAGAAAGCCAGAUGGGGAAGUACUAGUGACAGAUGAGUCUAUUAUCAGUGAAUCUGAAUCGGGUACAGAAAGUGACUUGGACCUCUGGAACUUAAGACACAGGCUGAUGAACCUACAAUUUCAAGAAGGCACAGAAUCCCCAAGUGAUGCUUCACAAAAAUAUAACCUACCACAUGAGUAUCAAGGAAUUUCACAAGAAGAUCAGCUCAUUUGCUAUCUACGAAGAGAAGAAAUGGGACCUCCUGUUUAUGAACAAGACUUGAUUGUUGCCAGCAGACCCAAGUCCUUUAUUCUCCCCAGGCUGGAUCAGUUAAGCCGAAACCGGGGCAAGAUAGACCGGGUGGCCAGAUAUUUUGAGUACAAAAGGGACUGGGAUUCAAUGCGGUUUCCUGGGGAAGAUCAUAGGAAGGAGCUACGCUGGAGUGUCCGAGGACAAAUGCUCUCUAGAACAGAGCCCCAAGCCAAGCCUCAACAUGUUUAUGUUCCAAACAAUUACCUAGUACCAACUGAGAAGAAAAGGUCUGCCCUUCGGUGGGGUGUGCGCUGUGACCUUGCAAACGGUGUCAUACCCAAGAAGCUUCCUUUCCCUCUUUCUCCUUCUUAAGACUUUUUUUAACCUGUCUCCUUCCACGGAACUUAGGACAACCCAGUUCUCUAUCUCUCUCCUUUUACAUACAACUAACUGACUUGAAAAGCCCGCAGAACAUAGGGGAAGGACUUCACUGGUCCUUCCUAAUUUCCCUAUGUCACUUUAGGUAUCAUACACCACUUAAAUUUCUAAGUUGAUAUUCUCAAAUGCAGCAAUUGAGGGAGGGGACUACCUGAAAUGUGGAUUUUGUCAAAGUAGUCAGUGCCAUUUUGAAAAGACUUGUAAACUGCGGUGUUUUGUUUUGGCUUUUUUUUUUUUCCCAUUAGUGGGCAUUAAGCUCAACUAUUAAAGAAUUUGGAAAAUGA